AUUUUCAUGUCAAUAGAUUCAAUUUUAUAUUAUUUGUCUCAAGUUUAUUAAGCAUGUGUUUAUGUAUGUAUAUUUUUGCAGUUAUGCAACUUGCAAAUUUCUCUGAUACUUGUGAUAUUCCCGAAUGAAAUGGUGAGAAUUAUAAGAUCUGGAAGGAAAGAAUUCUCCUUCACUUAGGAUGCAUGCACAUUGAUUAUGCUAUCCGAAAAGACGAACCACAUAUUGAUGAAUAUAGCACUCAGGCUGAGAUUGCUCUUUAUAAACAAUGGGAGCGUUCUAACCGUUUGAAUGUUAUGUUCAUUCAGACCAAAAUCUCUGCUGGUAUUUGUGGUUCUGUCGAACAACAUAACAAUAUCAAGCAUUACUGAAGGCUAUUGAUGAACAAUUUGAGACUUCAGAUAAGGCACUUGCUAGCACCUUAAUUAUGAAAUUCUCAUCAAUGAGACUCACCUGUGUGAGAGGUGUGCAUGAGCACAUCAUGAGAAUAUGAGACUUAGUGGCUCAACUAAACACUCUUGAGGUUGAAAUGUCUGAAACUUUUCUUGUGCACUAUAUUUUUAAUACUUUGCCUGCACAGUAUGGCCCCUUUAAGAUCUUCUAUAACACAUAUAAGGAUACAUGGUCUAUUAAUGAACUUAUGGCCAUGUGUGUUCAAGAAGAGGGUCGAUUGCUGAUGGAAAUAGGAGAAAGUGCAUUCACGACUACUCAAGGACAGAAGUCUCAUCAAGCAAAUAAAAAUUUGAAAGGAAAGGCUCCACUUGACUCUGACGUCAAAAAAGAAUUCAAGUGUCGCUUCUGUGGAAAGAAGGGGCACAUAAAGAAAGACUAUGUCAAGUUUCAACGAUGGCUUAAGAAGAAAGGACUUAAAAAAACCUGCGGAAGCCAGUGGGAGCUGAACGAAGCAUCUAUUCAGGAAACAAGAUGCAGUCGCAUGCAGAAGCUAUUGGAACAUGCAAUUUAGUUCUUAGUAGUGGUUUUAUUUUAGAGUUGGAAAAUACCUUUUAUGUUCCUAACUUUUCUAGGAAUUUAAUUUCAGUAUCAAGACUU